AAUAAUCUGUGUUGUUAAUUAUUUUAUCAAUAGUGCAUUGCGUUAUUUAUAAUGUUCGACAAUGGUUUUAUCGAUUAUCUAUAUACUCGUGUUCUUCAUGAAGACAUUAUGAAAUCCGGAGUAAAUACGCAAGACAUAAUAAUCGGUAUUGAAAACAUGAAAAAAGUUUAUACCCGCAAUUCUGCAUGGUUAACAUCAGAAUCAGCUCCUCUAGCUGAUUUUAAUAAAGUUGCCUAUCGUUGCGCCUAUAUACAUAAAUAUGCUCCUUUGCAUACAGCUAUCGUAUAUGAUGUAAUUAAGAGGGCAUUAAAUAAUAAUUAUAUGCCUUUCAAAAAUAUGGUACUAAGAUCAGCUUGCUUAAGAAUAUGCAGCUUAGGUGGCGGACCAGGUUGUGAUGUAUUGGGUGCGCUAGCUGCAAUGCAUGAAAUUUUCGGUUUUUUGCGAGUUUCUGUUUCAAUUAUAGAUAUUAUGAUAAAUUGGAAUUUUACAUUUCGGUCCAUAAUACAUGAAUUGGAGUUACCGACUUAUGGAACAUUAGGCCAGAGUUUUAAUCCUCAGUAUUUUGAUUGGGACUAUAUCAGCUCGAAUUUGACGGGUGAAAUGAAUGAACAAGUUUAUGAAUCAAUUGCUGCAGCAGACUUAAUCACUAUGGUAAAAUUUGUAUCAGCAACUGCUUGUGAGACUACAUCUGACAUGAUUAAGGAGAUUUUCAGAUCAAUGAAGCCUGGUGCAAUAGUUUUAUAUGUCGAUAAUGAUGUGGGGAAAUUUCAUGAAUUAAUAAACCAGGCAGCUCUUUCCUGCAGUUUUGUUGCCGUGUUUGGCCCCUUCAAGCGUAAGCAUUAUUGUAUUGAAGAUUUUAAGAAAAAAAGGUUUGGAUAUACUUCUUGCUUUGAUAUUAAAGUAACUAUUCACAUGUGGCAAAAGCCAAUGAGACAUCCUCUGCCUCCAACCUCAAGAUCAACAUUAAUUUCUAAUAUGCAAUGUGGUAAAUCUCAUAACUUCUCAUCCUUUACUGAUGUGUUUUCUUCAGAGUCCAGUUCUCUGUCUAAUGAAUAUCCAUUCAUCAGCUUGCCAAUGAAUUAUGAAGCAUGCUUAUUUUCUGAGGAACAAAACAAUAAUUAUAAGAACCCCUCAUUCUUUGCUAAUAACACACCUUCAAUAAGGAGUUAUGAAACUAAUGGUUACCUGUCACAGCAUCUGUCAAAAAAGAAAAAUGAACAAAAUGGAUCUUGCAAUAAGAAAAAGAGAACUAAAACUUCAUUUGCAUCUAAAACACUUAAGUCAUUUUCUAGUAGAAGUAACUCCAGGACAGUGCAAUCUAAUUUAAAACAUUCAUUAUGUAGAAAAAUGUUUAAAAAUUCUUCAACACGAAGUUUGUCAAGAAAUUCAUCUUCUCAGCAGAAUGAAUUAUCAUCUAAGAAGAAAAAUACCUCAAAAUUACGGCGAUGGUUAGCUAAUUUUUCAAAUAGGAUAACUAACUUUCGCUCGUUUUCUUAUAAAUGCCAUCCACAAGUACAUCAUACAACAUCCUCUCCCCAUUUAUUGAGAUACAGAAGCUUUAAUGAUAGUUUAGAUAGAAGAGUAAUCGUAACUCAAAGUUUAAAUGAGACAGUCAGAAGAGUCAAUAGUACUGAAAGAUUUGAAGAGAGGCCAUACAGAAAUGUCAUUAAUGACAUAUCAGAUAGAAGAGUCGUAUUGUAUAACUGAAAAUUCAUAUUUUUCGCCCCAUUUGAAAUUUACUGUUAGUUAAUUAUUGCUUUAUAUUGUUAAUUACUAAUUGCUCUAUUUUUAAAAGGCAGAUCUUUUUUUUUAUCUUUGAACUUCAUAUUAGACUGGAAAAAUAAAGCUAAUUUUGUGCAUUUGAAAGAAAAUAGCAUUUUUAAUUAGCUGGUAUACUUCUGUACAUAAUCUAAAAGAAAAAAAUAUUAAAUGCUAAGAUUUUGAACAGCAAGUGCAACCGUUUUGCAAAAAUGUGGUCGCAUUUUGAAAUUUUAAAAGUUGCAAAAUAUCUAUGCAUCACUAAACACUGUUAUGUUUACUUACUAUUUAACUACUAUAUAUUUAUGUCAGUUUGCACUGUUUUUUUUCUAUUAUUUUUUAAUUUUUUUUUUAUUUAUUUUAAGUCUUGUAUUGCAAAAUGAGCAGAAUCAUUUGCAAUGUUUGGCACAUUGAUUUAUUAAAUCCCUUGCUGAA